AAAGAGAGAGACAGAGCAAAGCAAAAAUCCCGCCCCGGCCGGCGGUGCGCACUGGCGGCGGAAGGAAGAGGAGGAGGAGGAGGAGAGGCAAGGCGCAGCUGGACCCCAUCUGCCUCUCUCUCUCUCUCUCUCUUUCUCUCUCUUUUUUCCUCCUUCGCGGAUAAUAGAGAGAGAGAGCAGUGGAUCCCGCCUUGGCUCGGCUGCCUCUUCCACAUUCUCUCCUGGCGGCGGCGCCCUUCCUCACCAAGCCGACCGAGGAGGGAACAUGGCGACAGGAGGCUCUCCUCCUCUGCUUCGGAUGCUGCUCCUGUUUCUUCUCCUCCUUCUUCUUGCGUGGAACCCCAGACCGGUCUCUUCUUCCUCCUUGUCCCAGAAGAGCCCUCGUUCUCCCUCCCGGGCCCAGGACCGGGGCUUCGUGGUGGUGCAAACGGAGGAGGAGAAGGGCUCCUGGGGAGAGGGGCUGCGGCGCAAGAGGAGCGCGGGACCCGCCGAGGAAGAGGAGGCGGAUGGGCAUGAGGAAGAGCAGCCCCCGGCGCCGCAGGAUCCCAUCCAGGUGUACGGACAGGUUAGCCUGAAUGAUUCACACAACCAGAUGGUGGUCCAUUGGGCCGGAGAGAAGAGCAAUGUGAUUGUGGCUCUGGCUCGGGAUAGUUUAGCCUUGAUGGGUCCCAAGUUAAGCGAUGUUUAUGUGUCUUAUGACUAUGGGAAGACGUUUAAGAAGAUAUCGGAGAAAUUCAACUUUGGUCCAGGAAAUACUAGCCAAGCGGUCAUUGCUCAGUUCUAUCACAGCCCGGCUGACAACAAAAGGUAUAUUUUCGUUGAUGCCUACACACAAUACCUUUGGCUCACGACUGACUUUUGCAAGACCAUCCAGGGCUUCUCGAUCCCCUUCAAAGUCUCAGACCUCCUUUUGCACAGCCGCUUCCCGAACCUCGUCUUGGGCUUCGAUAAGUCCCAUCCCAACAAACAGCUCUGGAAAUCGGACGAUUUUGGGCAGACGUGGAUCAUGAUUCACGAACACGUGAAAUCGUUUACAUGGGGAAUCGAACCAUACGACAAGCCGAAUGCGGUCUACAUUGAGCGGCACGAACCUACAAGAUCCUCAACUAUCCUUCGCAGCACCGAUUUCUUUCAAACCAGGGAGAACAAAGAGAUCCUUCUGGAGGAGGUGGAGGACUUCCAGCUCAGAGAGAAAUAUCUAUUUGCCACCAAGUCUGUGCAUCUUUUGGGUUCGCAGCAACAGACCUCUGUCCAGCUGUGGGUCUCCUUCAACCGCAAGCCGAUGCAGGCAGCCCAGUUUGUGACCAAGCAUCCUAUUAAGGAGUACUACAUUGCGGACACAUCCGAAGACCAGGUGUUUGUGUGUGUCAGUCACAGUAACAACAGCACCAACCUCUACAUCUCAGAAGCAGAAGGCCUGAGAUUUUCACUGACUUUGGAGAAUAUCCUCUAUUACAGCCCGGGAGGAGUCGGAAGUGACACUUUGGUCAGAUACUUUGCGAACGAGCCCUUUGCGGACUUCCACCGGGUCGAGGGGGUGCCGGGCGUCUAUAUCGCCACCUUGAUCAACGGCUUGUUCAGCGAGGAGAACAUGCGCUCCGUCAUCACCUUCGACAAAGGUGGGACUUGGGAAUUUCUCCAGCCUCCAGAGUUUACUCGCUACGGCGAAAAGAUUAAUUGUGAGCUUUCCAAAGGCUGCUCACUUCACUUGGCACAGCGGCUGAGUCAGCUCCUCAACUUCCAGUUGCGCCGGAUGCCCAUCUUGUCCAAAGAGUCUGCUCCGGGACUGAUCAUUGCAACAGGUUCUGUGGGGAAGAACAUGGCGAGCAAAAUGAACGUGUACAUCUCCAGUAGCGCCGGUGUCCGGUGGAAAGAGGUCUUGUCUGGACCCCACUAUUAUUCUUGGGCUGACCAUGGCGGGAUCAUCAUGGCAGUGACUCAAGGCACAGAGACAAACCAGCUCAAGUACAGCACGAAUGAAGGCGAGACCUGGAAGACGUUCACCUUCUCAGAGAAACCAGUCUUUGUUUAUGGCCUUCUGACAGAGCCUGGUGAAAAGAGCACCAUUUUCACCAUCUUUGGCUCCUACAAAGAGAAUGGGCACAGUUGGCUUAUCCUGCAGAUCAAUACCACUGAUGUCCUGGGAGUGCCUUGCACGGAAAAUGAUUACAAACUCUGGUCUCCUUCUGACGAACGAGGCAACGAAUGCCUUUUGGGGCACAAAACGGUCUUCAAAAGACGAACUCCCCACGCGACGUGUUUCAACGGGGAAGAUUUUGAUCGACCGGUCAUGGUCUCCAAUUGUUCUUGCACCCGAGAAGACUAUGAGUGCGAUUUUGGCUUCAAGCUGAGCGAAGACCUGUCACUAGAGGUUUGCAUCCCAGAUCCCGAAUUUGCUGGCAAGCCUUAUUCUCCUCCCGUGCCGUGUCCAGUUGGCUCGACUUACAAGAAGACUAAAGGGUAUCGCAGGGUAUCUGGAGACACUUGCUCAGGGGGUGACAUUGAGGCCCGACUGGAAGGGGAAUCUGUCCCAUGUCCUUUGGCAGAGGAGAACGAAUUCAUUCUCUACACCACGCGGUACUCCAUUCAUCGCUAUGACCUGUCCUCUGGUGUCAGCGAAGAGUUGCCUCUGACCGGGUUGCGUGGAGCCAUGGCCCUUGACUUUGACUACGAUCACAAUUGCUUGUAUUGGGCAGAUGUGACGCUCGACAUCAUUCAGCGUCUGUGUCUAAAUGGAAGUUCUGGGCAGGAGAUUAUCAUCAGCACAGGACUGGAGACAGUUGAAGCAUUGGCUUUUGAACCCAUCAGUCAACUGCUUUACUGGGUGAAUGCUGGCAUUCCCAAAAUCGAGGUUGCCAACCCGGAUGGAGACUUGAGACUUACGAUUCUGAAUUCCUCUGUGCUCCAGCGGCCACGAGCCUUGACCCUGGUACCCAAAGAAGGGCUGAUGUUUUGGACCGACUGGGGAGAUUCCAAGCCUGGCAUUUACCGCAGCGAAAUGGAUGGCUCUUCUCCGGCUUGCAUCGUCUCCGAGGGGGUGAGGUGGCCCAACGGCAUUUCUGUGGACGACCGAUGGAUCUACUGGACGGAGGCGUACAUGGACAGGAUCGAGCGCGUUGACUUCAAUGGCAUGCAGAGAUCGGUUAUCCUGGAUAGCCUGCCCCAUCCUUACGCCAUUGCUGUUUUUAAGAAUGAAAUCUAUUGGAAUGACUGGUCCCAGCUGAGCAUUUUCAGAGCCUCAAAGCACAGUGGUUCUAGAAUGGAGACGUUGGUUGACCAUCUCAAUGGUGUGAUGGAUAUGAAGAUCUUUUAUCGUGGGAAGACAUCAGGGCAGAACGCAUGUGUGGCCAAGCCCUGCAGCCUCCUCUGCCUUCCAAAACUGAACAACAGCCGAAGCUGCAAGUGUCCCGAAGGAGUCUCCAGCCAUGUUCUCUCAACAGGAGAGGUGAAAUGUGAUUGCCCACCAGGAUAUCUCUUGAAGAACAGUAGCUGCGUAAAAGAAGACAACACCUGCCUCCCCAGCCAGUACAGGUGCUCCAAUGGGAAUUGCAUCAACAGCAUUUGGCAGUGUGACAACGACAACGACUGUGGGGACAUGAGCGAUGAAAAGAACUGCCCAACAACCAUGUGCGAUGCUGACACUCAGUUCCGUUGUCACGAGUCGGGGACCUGUGUCCCGUUGUCCUACAAGUGUGACCUGGAAGACGACUGCGGGGACAACAGUGAUGAGAGCCACUGCGAGGCGCACCAGUGCCGAAGCGAUGAAUUCAGCUGCAACUCAGGGAUGUGUGUUCGCCUUUCCUGGAAGUGUGACGGCGAUAAUGAUUGCCGGGACUGGUCAGAUGAAGCCAACUGCACAGCAGUGUACCACACCUGUGAAACCUCCAGUUUCCAGUGUCACAAUGGGCACUGCAUCCCCCAGAGAUGGGCAUGUGAUGGAGACGCCGACUGCCAGGAUGGAUCAGACGAGGACCCCACCAACUGUGAGACAAAGUGCAAUGGCUUCCAGUGCCCAAAUGGAACGUGCAUCCCUUCCAGCAAGCGAUGCAAUGGUGCCCAUGACUGUUCCGAUGGCUCUGAUGAACAGCAUUGUGAGCCCCUCUGUACCCGCUACAUGGAUUUCGUGUGUAAGAACCGGCAACAGUGUUUGCUGCGGUCCAUGGUGUGUGAUGGCACUGUGCACUGUCGAGAUGGCUCGGACGAAGACCCUUCCUACGCCGGGUGCUCCCAAGACCCUGAGUUUCACCACACCUGUGACCAGUUUAGCUUUCAGUGUCAAAACGGCGUGUGCAUCAGUUUGGUGUGGAAAUGUGAUGGUAUGGAUGACUGCGGGGACUACUCUGAUGAGGCAAACUGUGAGAACCCGACCGAGGCUCCAAACUGCUCUCGAUACUACCAGUUCCAGUGUGACAACGGACAUUGCAUCCCCAACCGGUGGAAAUGCGAUGAAGAGAAUGACUGUGGUGACUGGUCAGACGAGAAGGUGUGUGGAGGUUCAGCUCUUGUUCCAGUUACCACACCAGCCUUGGCCACGUGUUCCCCCAACCACUUCCGAUGUAAUAGCGGCAUUUGCAUCACAAACAGCUGGGUGUGCGAUGGAUACCAGGAUUGUGCCGAUGGCUCCGAUGAGGAUGCGUGUCCUACCUCUCCGGUCGGUGCAACGUCCCCAUCGGCUGGCUCCCCUGGACGGUGCAGUCGGUUCGAGUUCGAGUGCCCGUCGACGAAGAAAUGCAUCCCAAACUGGAAGCGCUGUGACGGCUUGAAGGACUGCCAGGACGGCAUGGAUGAGCUCAACUGCCCCACUCACAGCACUCUGUUAUGCCCCAAUGGAUUUAAAUGCGAAGAUGGAGAAACUUGCAUCAUGAUGUCCGAACGGUGCGACGGAUUCUUGGAUUGUUCGGAUAGCAGCGAUGAGCGUAACUGCACCGAUGAUACCCUUGUCUAUAAAGUGCAGAAUCUCCAGUGGACAGCUGAUUUCUCAGGCAACAUCUCAUUGACCUGGACCCGGCCCAAAAAGAUGCCUCUUGCCUCUUGUGUCUACACGAUUCAUUACAGGAUGGUUGGAGAAAGCAUGUGGAAGUCCUUAGAGACGCACAGCAACAAAACCAACAGUGUCUUGAAAGUGUUGAAGCCGGACUCCACCUAUCAAGUCAAGGUUCAGGUCCAGUGUCUGAGCAAAGUGUACAACACCAAUGACUUCAUCACCUUGCGGACCCCAGAAGGACUACCAGACCCUCCACGCCACCUUCAGUUGACGUUGAAGAGAGAAGCUGAAGGUGUUGUGGCUUGCCAGUGGGCACCUCCAACAAAUGCCCAUGGCCUGAUAAGAGAAUAUGUGGUGGAAUAUAGCAGGACCGGGUCCAAAGAGUGGUCCUCCGUGAGAGCCCCCAGCAAUUAUUCAGAAGUGGAGAGGUUGCAGGUCAACUCCUUAUAUUCAUUCAGAGUUGCUGCGGUAACUAGCCGUGGAGUGGGAAACUGGAGCGAUUCCAAAUCCAUACGAACCAUAAAAGGAAAAGCUAUCCCUCCACCUAUCAUCCAUAUCGAUGGUUAUACUGAAAACUCCAUAAGCUUCACCCUCAAAAUGGAAAGUAGCAUUCAGGUAAAUGGCUACGUUGUGAAAAUCUUCUGGACUUUUGACGCACAUAGACAAGAGAAACUGUCCUUGAACAUUGAUGGGGGGAAGUCGGCACAAACAGUGAGUAACUUGACCGCUCAGACUCCGUAUGAGAUUUCCGCCUGGGCCAAGACAGAAUUGGGUGACAGCCCUCUGUCCUUCGCACAUGUGGUGACCAGUGGUACAAAGCCAUCCCCUCCCAGUCUGAAAGCCAAAGCGGUCAACCAGACUGUGGUCGAGUGCACCUGGACCGGCCCAAGGAAUGUGGUGUAUGGUGUAUUUUAUGCCACAUCUUUCCUGGAGCUCUACAGGAAUCCUAAUAAUGCCACCACCACCUUGCACAACAUCACGGUUAUUGUCAACAGAGAUGAGCAAUAUUUAUUUCUGGUCCGUGUGGUUUCUCCGUACCAAGGACCGCCUUCGGACUACAUCGUGGUGAAGAUGAUUCCUGACAACCGCCUACCCCCUCGACAUCUACAUGCGGUGCACCUGGCAAAAACAUUUGCAGUCAUUAAGUGGGAGUCGCCAUACGAUUCACCCGAUCAAGAUAUGUUGUAUGCUGUAGCCGUAAAGGAUUUAGUAAGGAAGACGGACCGAACUUACAAAGUGAAAACCCGCAACAGCACCGUGGAAUACACCAUCAAGAAGUUGGAGCCUGGCGGGAAGUAUCAUAUCAUUGUUCAACUGGGAAACAUGAGCAAAGAAGCCAGUUUGAAAAUCAAUACAGUUUCUUUGGCUGCUCCAGAUGCGUUGAAAAUUAUAGCAGAAAACGACCAUAUCUUGUUGUUUUGGAAGAGUUUAGCUUUAAAAGAAAACCACUUUAGUGAAAGCCGGGGGUAUGAGAUACACUUGUUCGACAGUGUGACCAAUAGUACGACAUAUCUGGGAAACACCACCGAGAAUGUCUUCAAAGUUUCCAACCUGAAAUCAGGCCAUAAUUACUCAUUCACAGUGCAAGCCAGAUGUCUCUACAGUGGGCAGAUGUGUGGAGAGCCUGCAACACUCCUUUACAAUGAGCUAGGAGCCGAUAAAGAUCCUGCUGCAUCAACGAUGGGCAGUUCGACAGACGUUGCCGCCAUCGUGGUCCCAAUAUUGUUCCUCUUGCUUGUGACUGUGGGGAUAGGGUUUGUCGUCUUGUAUAUGAGGCACCGAAGACUUCAGAACAGCUUCACUGCUUUUGCCAACAGCCACUAUAGUUCCCGGCUGGGCUCUGCCAUAUUUUCAUCAGGUGACGAUUUAGGGGACGAAGACGACGAAGCACCCAUGAUCACAGGCUUUUCAGACGAUGUCCCCAUGGUGAUAGCAUGAAGUGCGUUUCUGACCCCAGAAACCAAAAUGGUGUAAAUAUUUUAUUUGAUAGAAAAAAGCAAAACAGUCAACUGUUUAUUUUAAAACAAAAAAAUGCACUUUUGAGUUGCAAUACGUUAUUUUUGUAUGGGCUGAAAAAAAACUGAUGAAGAAGAAAUAAUUAUUACACUUUGUAGUAUGCAGCUGUGAACUUUCAAACCAGGUCGAUUUAGAAAUGGAUAUCUGUUCUUGUUGGGUUUUGAAAAGUAUUUUGUUUGAUUCCUUUUCAAACGUUUAAUUUUAGUCUUACAAGGCUGUGCUUGCUGGGCAUGCUUUUAAGUCUGUGAGAUACAUAUAUAUAUAUUUCUGUUGACCAAAACUCUGAUCCUUGGAGAACUUGUGAAUGGUCAAUGAUAGUCCCGUUCAUUAUAACUGGAUGGAACUAGAUGUAACAAAAGACACAGAGCAGCCAAUAAGACAUCUUUAUGGAUGGUCAAGAUUGUCCCGUUGAUAUUGAUUUUAGUUCAUCAUAGCCAAGUGGAACUAGAUGUGACACAGAGUGGCCAAUAAGACAUCCUUAUAGAUGGUCAAGGAUAGUCCCAUUGAUGUUGAUUUUAGUUCAUCAUAGCCAAGUGGAACUAGAUGUAAGACAGAGUGACCAAAAAGACAUCAUUAUGGAUGGUCAAGGAUAGUCCCGUUGAUGUUCAUCAUAGCCAAGCAGAACUAGAUAAGACACAGUGGCCAAUAAGACAUCCUUAUAGAUGGUCAAGGAUAGUGCCAUUGAUGUUGAUUUUAGUUCAUCAUAGCCAAGCGGAACUAGAUAUGACACAGAGUGGCCAAUAAGACAUCCUUAUGGAUGGUCAAGGAUAGUCCUGUUGAUGUUGAUUUUAGUUCAUCAUAGCCAAGCGGAACUAGAUGUGACAUAGAGCAGCCAAUAAGACAUCUUUAUGGAUGAUCAAGGAUAGUCCCGUUGAUGUUGAUUUUACUUCAGUGGUUCUCAACCUGGGGUCCCCAGAUGUUUUUGGUCUUCAACCCCCAGAAAUCCUAACAGCUAGUAAACUGGCUGGGAUUUCUGGGAGUUGUAGGCCAAAAACAUCUCAGGAGCCUAGGUUGAGAACCACUGUUUUAGUUCAUCAUAGCCAAAUGGGGCUAAAUGUGACACAGAGUGGCCAAUAGGACAUCUUUAUGGAUCGUCAAGGAUAGUCCGUUGAUGUUGAUUUUAGUUCAGUGGUUCUCAACCUGGAGUCCCCAGAUGUUUUUGGCCUUCAACCCCCAGAAAUCCUAACAGCUAGUAACAGAAAUCCCAGCUGGCUGGGAUUUCUGGGAGUUGUAGGCCAAAAACAUCUCAGGAGCCCAGGUUGAGAACCACUGUUUCAGUUCAUCAUAGCCAAAUGGAGCUAGAUGUGACACAGAGUGGCCAAUAAGAUAUCCUUAUGGAUGGUCAAAGGUAGUCCCAUUGAAGUUGAUUCUAGUUCAUGUCAAACCCAGAUGAAAGUAUGACAGAGGGAACAGUGAUCAUUAAGACAUAGGCAGACCUUUGACCUUCCUCUAGUCAUGAACAAUGACAGAGAGGUAUAAUGUGAUCCAAACAUAUUAGGAAGCUGUUUUUUGGGGUCCCGCUAUGACAGGGAUGGGCAUAGUGGGACCCCAAAUUCAGGAAUACAACAGAGUUGAAAAUAAUAGCUUCCAAAGUGGUAAAUCCGUUCUGGAGUUUCGGUCUGAACUUUAACAUGGUUAUAUGAGCUGUUGAACCUGUUUCAGGGACAAGCUUCAGCACUUGAUAGCACUGUCCAAAAUUCGGACUAAAAUCCAGAAUGGAUCAAUCUCUGAAUUGUGGGAGCUACCACUUGCUACUGCAUAGGGUGGUCCAAUUCCUUAUUUCCACCAUGCUUUCCAUUGCAGGCCCAACCUUCUGAGCUCUGUAGCUAAGUACUCACUGGUCAACGUUGUCCACAAGAGUCUAAGACUCUUCUCUCUUGUGUAAGAUCAUUGCUCAGUGUGGGGAGUCCACCUUGUGUGUCAUAUAUAGCUUAUAAACCCCGCUUUUGCAACUGUCUUGAAUGCUGAAGUUUUUGGACUACUUGAAAGUAGUCCAAAAGCAAAGAAACCAUGGCACUUUAAUGCUCUUGAAAUGACAAGUUUGGGGCUAACAGUUGUCCCAAAAUCAUGACUAGAUGUGAUGUCACUCCUAAUGUGCCCCAUUGUCAAAGACAACCUCUGUGUUCUCUGUUGCAUCAAGGUCCAUCCAUGAAGAAGGUGAGAUGAGGAGGAACGGGACAGUUGUUCCUUUAUGAUCUUAAAUAUAUGAAGUCACUAUGGGACGGUAUGGAAAUCUUGGCCAUUACUCUCCUGGGCAGACAUUUCCCUUAACCCCCAAUUGAUGCUGCUACAAACUUCUCUUCAUUCUCUGGGGGGGUCUUCCUUAAAUCCCUUUCAUGAGUCCCGCAACUAGGAGAACCAGUUUUCUUGGGAUCAGAGUCUUAAAUUAGUGUUUUUUUUUCUUCUUAAGAGAAAUUUUAUUUUGAAAAAAAUAUUCAGGAAAUACAAAUCUAUAUCUAUAUAUCUAUGAAGAGAGAUAAUAGUUCCUGAAGGUUUUACAUUGACUUUAAAAAAAUUCUUUGGAUAUUGUUUAUAUGAGAGUUUUGUUCCUCUUUUAUUGAUUUAGUAGGGAAUCUGCUUUUGGUCAGAAUUCCAGAAUUCUCAGUCAUGUGCACACUUACGGUGUGGAGAAAUGUGCCACUUUAAUCUUCUGCAAAAAUAGUCAGGUUGUUCCUUUGGGGUUUAUUAUUAUUAUUAUUUUGUGGUGUUCCUGUGAUUGAAUCAGGUAUUAAUGCCAUAGUAAAACAAACAAACAAAACCCACUACAAUUUAUUUUUCUCUUUGUAUAAGUUUCAUGUGUUAUGAGAAUGCAAAAACAAAGGGGUGGUGUAGAGGGGUAGACUUAAUGUUUUGUCAAAUGGAGGGCUGAAAUACUUUCUGCAAAGCACUUAGCAUGCAUUCACAGAAGAAGAAGAAAAAUCCCCAAAACAAGCGCACAAAAUUUCAUACGUUUGUUGGUUUGAUUGUUUUGAUUAGUGAAUUGUAGUAGUUUCUUUGGAUCCAAGUCAUGUCUCCAUCCCUGGAUAUUCUUCAGCACACAGACAACAACUCUUGAAUGCACAGGUUUUCCUCUUACUUAGAUCAGGAGUUGUACUUCUGUGACCAAUGGCUCUCCCUACUUCAAGGUCUACUAGGUCUAGUGUAAGUCUAUGGCCAACUUCUGCUGAAAGUUGGCUGUAGAGUUGUGAUGGAAGAUCUUGAUCUGCUUUCUCUGGGAAUCCCUUGGUCCUGGAGUCCAACUCUGGUCAACGCCCAGCAGAACUUGGCUGUAAGCUCGCACUGGAGGGCCUAGAAAUUCAUAGACCAUAUCCCUAAAUGAUCAUAUCUACAAAAAUUAAACCUGCAAAUGUGAAAGAGAGACUGUAAUUCAUUCGUGCAACCUCUGGAAAUCAGAACUUGAAAAUAAAAGUUUGCCUCCAGAAUGGAGAACUAAAGCAAAACUCAAAAAUUGGGAAAAAAAAUGGAACUGCAGUUUUCCAUUUGAAGGCUAUUUCCUUAGUUUUAUCUCUUUUUAGGAGGUUAAAAUAAGCUUUACAACAGGAAGCGACUGUCUGGUCACUUCCCAUUUUGGAAAAAUCAUUAGGUACAAUGUGCAGAAGUCUGGGCGGCAAUGGAUUUCUCUGCAGUUGUCCACUUUUGACUGUGAUGAAAGAGACAGCGCCAGUAAUACAUUACUUUGUGCCCAUAAAGCUGCACCCAGCUUCAUUGGUGAAACUUCAGAUGUCUCCAAGGAACUGAAUUGAGUUUAAACCCAUCUCCUUUUACUGGUUCAUGGGGACCAGGUAUGGUGACCCAUUCUCUCUCCCUUCUGUUGGAGGCUAAGUUGGAGAAAAAGUAGGUGGAUCUAAAGAGCUUGAGAUAGGAGGUAACUUCAGCCAUUUGCUGGAAUAGUAGCCAAACUCUGUCCUGGCUGGGAUCCAGAAGCACCAACUUGACUGAAUGGAGCUUUCAAGUGUCUGCUAGGGUUCUUCCCCAUCCAUGACUUGUGGUUCAUCUUCAAGGCUAUGCAGACUCUUUCAUUGGGGAAGAGACAGCUCUCACAGCAAUGUUCUUCAUGCCAAGAGCUCCCUAAGGUAGGCUGAGGGCUCACCUACCCUACAAGCAAAAUUGGAGAAGAAAGCCAAGUCAACCCCCUCCCUCUGGCCAUUGGGUUUCCAUAAUCAGUCACUUUAAUUUACUUAAAAUGCCAUUAGAUUAAUCGUGUUUUUGUGUGUAUCUUUUGUUCAAAAUGUCAUUUUGAUAUUGAUGGGUGUGUGUAUUUUUUUUAAAUGUACUUGCCUAGAUGAAAAAUCUUCAGUAGUUUUUGACUUCUUUUUAGAAAGAGCAACCUUACUAUUACAAGCAUUCCUCAGUGGUAGCCAUGGAUGUAUCAUUAAUGUUCCUCUUUAUUACAUGUUUCCCAGUCAGUUAUGAAUGUAGCAGAGCUAUGCAGGUUUGGCCCUGAAGCUAAGCCUUCAGCAGUCAAGCAGUAUCUUUUCUCUUGUGUUUGUGUGAAUGUGGAUUCCAUGAUACAAUUGGACAGUAUGUGUAAAGGCUCAUUUAGAAGUUAAUCUUCCCCUCUCAAGGCUGCUGGAAACAACUUUCCUAUGGUGGGCGUGACAUUGAAGACCUCUUCUCCCAGGAGCUGAUUCAGAUGUAAGCAGUAGACUUUGAGGACAAGUCAUGAAUAUCUACAGUUGAUGGUUGACUAACUUCAAAAGAACAUAAAAAUAAAGAACCAUAUUGGGUGAGACCAAAGGCCUCUUUAAUCCAACAUUCUGUUCAUGCAGCUAGAAGCCUACCAAUGGGACAUGCUUUCCAUCUUAUACUCCCUGGUGAUAGAUAUAGAUGGUGUACUGCCUCUGAUACCAUAUAUAGACAUGUUGGGUCAUCUUCUAUGAAUGUAUCCAGGUUGAUAGCCAUAUUUACAUCUUGUGGCAGUAAAUUCCACGAUUUAUCUCUGUGUUGUCAAGAGGUUCAAUUCACCACUCAGCCAUCGAAAAAGGUCACAAAGUUUUGCCUUAGAGUCACUAUAAGUUGGAAGCAACUCAGAGGCACACAACAACCAUGGUCUCACUGAUUGUGUGAGUGGUCAAAGGUUGGUAUUGGGAGCGUGUCCCAAGGAAUGAUUUAUGCAGAGGCCUUGACCACCUAUAUGAAUAUCGGAACCAGUCUGUAGAACCACUUGAAGCGAAGGGUCAUGAUGGACCACUUGAAGCGAAGGGUCAUGAUGGACCACUUGAAGCGAAGGGUCAUGAUGGACCACUUGAAGCGAAGGGUCAUGAUGGACCACUUGAAGCGAAGGGUCAUGAUGGACCACUUGAAGCGAAGGGUCAUGAUGGACCACUUGAAGCGAAGGGUCAUGAUGGACCACUUGAAGCGAAGGGUCAUGAUGGACCACUUGAAGCGAAGGGUCAUGAUGAACUACUUGAAGCGAAGGGUCAUGAUGUCACUGUCCGACCUUUUCUUGGAAUGGAUGAUGGCACGGUUACCUGGUUUUUCAACAAGGAUGCCAUUUUUCUUCUAUUCCCACUGCCUCUACUUCACCUCUGCAAUCACUAAUUAGAUAUUACAUGAGCAUUUCUGCUGUUCUUUUUGCAGGAUAUGAUAUCAGAUAGGGCAUACCGUCUAUUCUCCAACUCUUUGUGAUGAUUGGAUUUGAUGCCUUCUUGGGCUGAUGGUCCAUAUCUUUACCAUUGGGUCUGGCCGAUGGGAGAAGAAUCAUCUAAAUUGUUACGUCUCAGGAGCUCUUUUCAGCAGCCUAGGUGAGGAGGGGGAAUUGUAACAUUUCAUUCUUCUCUCUGUACUCAUGGAGCACAUAUCCCCCACCCUUAAUUCUGUAUAUGCAAGUCCAGUUGCUGUCCAUCAAAAAGUUCAGUGCUUUGUCUUUGUCACAGAUGCAAAUAUCUGUACUGACUUGAACCAAAAACAUUACUUUGAGGUGUAAUCUAGUCUUCCUACAUUUGGAGGGAAUAUUAAACAGUCUGAUAGUAACGUUUGUCAAGCGAUCUUUAACUGUUCCUACCAUUUUCCCCAAUAAUGUAUUAAUGUUUUCAUUAAGAGUCCAAGGAUGUUGUCCACCCAUAAUCCAAGGCAAAGUCAAUGUUAGCACGAAGGAGCAUCAAUGGAGGGUGAUAAUUCAUUGUGGCAUGGGAUUUUCCAUGGAUACAGGUCAUUGUUUUGUUGUUUGUAGCUAUGGGACAUAGUUUACAUAUUCUCUUCUUUACCAAGAAGCACAGAAAACUGUGUCCCUUCAUAUGCUGCAGAGAAAUCGUAGAGCAGCACAGCGUAUCUAGUAAGCAGUACUUCCAGUUCAAACAAAAUGCUGGAUAUUAACAUGGUGAACUUCCCCAGUCAGACAGGGCCCUAACAUCAGAAAUGUCACCGGUGAUUUACUGGGAUUGGGGUUCUUCCUAGCAUGAGCUUAAUUUUUUUCCUAGCAAUGUCUUGUUUGUCUGUCAGCAUCUCUCUAGCAUCUUAGUCUUUUUUUUCCCACCUACAAUCUGCUCCUUUGACUUUGGCAUUGAUUCUGGGACCUUAUCAACAAAGAUCAAGUUCUCUAUCACUAAGCUAUGAGCCAAUUCCAGAUUUCAUCCUCUUGCAUUUCAAUACAGGUAGGCAUACUCAGUCUCCCAAUUUACCCCACCCUCAUCCACAACACCAAACCCUGUUUUCUUUGUGCAAAAAACCACAACCACUGUGUGAAGACUCCUGAUAGGGCUAGUGCAUUUUAUAGAAAUCAAUGAAUCCCUUGCUUUAGACGUAUCAAACAGUGCAGAUAGGGUGAAGAAUAAAUUGUGUUUUUGUGAAUGUUUGAAGCACAAUACUGUAAGUGCAGAGGUAUUUGUAAAUACAGGAAAGCUGAGUUUGUGUGUCAGAGAUCUGGAACAUGGUAUACAUAUAAAUGCAUUUCCUACUGAUCCUCCCUCCCCAUUGUUUGGUUUGAUGGAAUGUUUCUAAUCAUCCUUUCCCUCCAAGACGUUGAGGGCAGUUUGUGUAAAAUGCCUUAUUCCUCUCAUAACAUCAGAGAAUGGAAGGUGGCAUCAUAAGAAAGAGAAAGCUAUGGUAGAAGUUGACAGGAAGGAAGUCCUCUAUAGGCUCUGAAGACUUGUACACAACAGCAGGAUUAUUCACCAAGUCUUUUUGAGAUCUUUCUGUCGGGGAAUCUGAGACCUUGACUGAUUGAUGAGCCAGGUCUCACCUCUGCCCAUCCGUCAGACCACACUGCAAACGCCGAAAGUGGCACCGACAAAGCACGACAACUUUGUUGUUUUAUCUGCUGAAUCCCAGCGGCACUGAAGCUUUAUUUACAUUAUUUACAGUGCUAAAUUCCAAAGCUGUCAGGACACAUGUUGGGUCCACAAAAUCAAACAUGGAGCAUGUCUGUCUCUCUCAGAGUCCGUUCUCUGUACACCAUAGCACCUCCUUCACAUUCCACAGCCUGUGAUGUAUCUUCCUGUCACGUAGCACAAACGGAAGUCUCUGUUCAUUUGCCUUUCCAGCAAUCAAUCAGGGCUCGCUGCAAUUAACCUCUUGAUUGCUGGAAUGCUUGCCAGAACAAAAUACAUACAUUUCCACAGCAACAAUAGAUUAACCAUUUCACUCCACAUCACAAAAACACUAACACUUUCCAUAAUUCACAUAUAGACCACAGCUAAAGUGGUCUUUGGCCAAUUGUAGGAAUGUAAGCAUUUAAGAGAGAUGGUCCUCAAGAGAAUUGGACCAGCAAAAUAGGGCAUGAAGAUAGCCAGUAGACUUUGUUAUUUCUUAAUACCAAUUUUGUUUACUAGUUUGGAGCUGGUGAGGAUUAUUUGAGGAUUACUCUUUCCUGGGUAAAGACUUGUAGUGGUACCAGUGUGAAGUUUAUUCUUGGGCAAUGUCUUGUGUAUCAAGCAGACUCAUGAGACAAGUGGAAAUUAAUAUAGCAACCAGUUCUUGGGCCUCUGUUUUUCAAAGACUGUUGUAUGAUCCUUGGGUUUCUUUCUAUCCAGUAGAAUGAAUGGGAAAACUCUUCAGUUGAGUUCAAAUAACAUUUUCAGGAAAAAUAAAACUCACUCUGAUUCGAUGCAAUUUUCUCCUGUUGUCAUCUCUCUGUCAGCCAUAGACUCAACUGUGAAACAAUUACGAAGCAGCAUAAAUGGAAUGUUAAACUUCAUCUAGUUAUUUGAAGGAUGUAAGCCUCACUUUGAUAUACUUCCAAAACAUCUUAGGGGAAGUGGGUUUUUGUUCAUUUGUUAGAUGCACAGCAUGUAACGGCAGCAAAAUCUAGUGUAGAUCUGAAAGAUUUUAUUUUUUAAUAAAUAAAAAAAUGUGUGUACCAUA